GUUUGAGUGUCAGUGAUUCAGAGCCACGGACAGUCAUCACAAUCACUGUUAACAGCUUCACCAGCACAUUUCGCUCACUGGAAUCCUGUGUCAUUCCCAGCGAGGAUCGUAGAGCUGAAAGUCUGUGGGAAGUUUGUUGAACACUGUAUUUCAAGAGUCUCGUUUUGGAUUUAUUUGGAUUUGCGCGUCCGCACCUUUACGUUCGAGACUCUGUGAACUUCAUCAAAGCGCGUCACAAUGUGUCACCAGAGUUUGUUGUGGCUUUUCAGUGUGUUGGGCUUCUGCGCUCGGGCGCUCGGGGCUCGUGAGUGCGCACCGUGCGCGCUGCGCUCGUGCCCGGUCGUCAGCGCGCUCGAGUGUGGUUCGGCCCGGGUUCUGGCCCGUGACCCGUGCGGCUGCUGCGAGCAGUGCUCUCGGCUGGAGCUCGAGCUGUGCGGCGGCCCGGACUGGACCCUGGGCUCCUGCGGAUCCGGACUCACCUGCGCGGCGCUCGGCGGGACCGGACCGGCGCGCGCACCUGAGGCAGGUGUCUGCAGAGUGGUACCCGACGCGAUGGAUGCAGGCGAUGAGGGCGAGAGCUGUCCGCUGGUGAGCGGCUGUGAAAGUGUGGACGGACAGUGUGUGUGUGAAUCCAAACACUCCUGCAUCAAGACCUACAGCUUUCCCAACAGAGACGCAUGCGUGCAUGCUGGGAAAACAGGUUCUCGCCGUCACGAUCACAGGCACAAGUUUGUGGGUCCCGUGAACCCGGCGUGUGUGUUUUCAGGCUGUAAUCUGACGGCCGAGGGCUGUGUUUGUUCGUCUCAGAGCUGCGAUGAUCACUUCACGUACGCCAACCGCAGUCAGUGCCAGCGAGCCGCAGUUUCUCCCAGGUGUGUUCAUGACAGGAAGGAGUUCACGGAGGGCGAGGUGUACCGUAUGGACCCCUGCUGGUUGUGUCAGUGUCGAGGCGGAGUGUCGUUCUGCUCUAAAGCCAAAUGUGCUGAAGUGGACUGCGAGAACUUCUAUGUUCCUGAAGGGGAAUGCUGUCCCGUCUGUAUAGAUGUGGAGCUGCUGGCGGUGGAGAGCACUAAAGCGAGCUGCUGGGUGGAUCACAGGCUGCGUGCGCACGAGGAGCAGUGGAAGGAGGACGACUGCACCUUCUGUCAGUGUGUGGACGGAGAGCCGCACUGCACAGCCAUGGCCUGCAAACAGAGCUGCCAGAACCCUGUCAAGAUCCCUGGAGAGUGCUGCCCCUUCUGUGAGGAGCCGUCAUAUGAGACUGUGAGUCCACUGCUCUGCCCACCACUGGAAAACUGCUCUCUCUCUGGGCACGACUGCCCAUUCGGCUUCCAGCAAGACCCCAGCGGCUGUCUGCUGUGCCAGUGUGUCAGCAAUGAAACCUGUCCUGAUGUGUCCACUUACUGCUCUCUGGAGUGUCCCCUGGGUUAUGAGAAAGACAACUAUGGUUGUGAAGUGUGUGAAUGUGUAUCUGCACCAAAAUGCCGCCCUAUGACCUGCAGCAAGACAUGCCCGUAUGGUUACAUGAGGAACAAGCACGACUGUGAGAUGUGCCGCUGCGUCCGCUGUCCGCCGUUCACCUGCGACAAACACUGCAGCGAGGGCUUCAGGAAGAGCAGGAAGGGCUGCAGCGUCUGCCAGUGUAGAGAAUCAGACAGACGUGUGUCCAGCACCAGUGUCUCCAUCACCGUCUCCUCCAGCUUCUGUCUGACGGCCAGCGGCCAGCGUUUCGAGGAUGGAGACGGAUGGCACGAUGGCUGUCGGGACUGUUUCUGUCACUCCAGUCGAGAGAUGUGUGUGCUCAUAACCUGCCCUGUGCCCAGCUGUGCCCACCCUGUGCUCCGGCCGGAUCAGUGCUGCCCCGGCUGUGAGGACGAGCCGGGCAGCGGGCAGCCGGAGGGUCUGGAUCUGGUGGUGUGUCGUGCUCCCAGCGGAGAGCUGUUUGUGGAGGGAGAGACGUGGCGUCUGGACGAGUGCAGCAGCUGUACGUGUCGACAGGGAAGAGUUCUGUGUGACUCUGAAGUGUGUCCUCCAGUUCUGUGUCACGAGCCGAUCAGGAGCAAAGACGGCUGCUGCUACGUCUGUCCAGAGGACAGACCGGAGCCGCUGCGUCCCGAGUUCUGCGUCUCCAGCUCUGGAGAAGUCCUGCAGGCCGGUGAUUCGUGGAAGCCGAACGCCUGCAGCAGCUGCGUCUGUCGUAACGGGAGCGUCCAGUGCUUCUCACAGCAGUGUCCAGCCGCCGACUGCAGGGUCCCUGUGCUGCGGAAGGGCCAGUGCUGCCCGCAGUGCAUGCUGGAGAUCACGAGCACGUCGGGGCCGGUAAUGCUGUCGACGGCUGUCACCGAGAGCCGAAUCACCGCCGCUCCUCCGGUCCUCUCCAUCACAGAUGGAGAAGGUCUCUCGCGGGACGUCCCGAUUCAGACGGAGAUGACGCUCAUCUACCAAUCAGCGGCCUGGAUUCUGGCGGGGAUCCUGCUGGCUGUGGUCAUCUUCCUCCUGACGGCCGUCCUGGUGAACCAGAGGAAGAACUGGGUUCAGAUGUCCUGCUACGGCGCGCCCAAGAAGACGGUGAUCCUGCAGAAACAUGUGAAUAAGAGUUCACUCGUCUACAUGGAGCCGUCCAGAGAGAACCAGUUCCAGAGUGUGAAGAGUGAGGCCAGCGCAGAGCAGAUCUCCAUCCCGCGCGCUAAACUCUCCAGCGGACGCGUCCAGCGCUAGCGUCCGUCUCACAGCUCGUCUUCAGAGGCCAGAGACUCCACCGAACGCUGGCGACUCCUGGAGCUUCGGCCUCCAGCGCAAGAGGAACCAAGUACUGUGAACCUGCUUUAUUAGUGUUUGUACGAUGUUCGGAGCGUCCCAGCGGCUCAGCGGGGCGACGCUUUGACAGACGUGGAGCAGUAGGGCAUCAAACCAAAGGUUGAGGAAGCAGAAGGAGACGUCGGUGAGAUCCACACAGACCACAGUAAAGAGAUCUGCAUCGGGACACACGUGUUUCCUGACCUCUCACUCGGUUUAUUUGUUUCUAUACGUUAAAGUGUUUUACUUGUAGUUUGUUGUUAGUCGCUUAUAAACUGCAGCGGCCGGAAGAAACAUUCCCCACGU